AUGGCUCCCAAAGUAAAAGCCCAGAAGAUGUCUGUGAGCACCUUCUUGGCGGAUGAAAGCCUUGGCUCUUGGGCCGAUGAGAUGGAGGAUAUGCCUCUUCCUUCCACCCAGCCUUUGACAUCCACCUUUAGCCGUCGCCCCGCAGGUGAUUCGGCAUUCGGCUCUGGCUCUGGCUCUGGCGGCUUUGAGCGCGAGCGUGGUGGAUAUGCCGUUCGGGAGCCUCUUGACCUCCCCACUCAGCCCCCGUACACUUGCCACGUUGGCAACCUCUCCUUCGAAUCAACUGACGCCGAUAUCUCUGAGUUUUUCGCCGGAUGUGGCGUGACGAACGUUCGUCUCGUGGAAGACAAGUUGACAAAAGCCCCUAAGGGUUUCGGAUAUGUCGAGUUCGAGACCGUCGAGGGUCUACAGAAGGCUCUGGAUCUAUCUGGCUCGUCUUUCCAGGGACGUUCUAUCCGUACCAGUGUUGCGGAGCCUCCCAAGGAGUCUCGCCUGGAAGGCAAGGAUCUUGACUGGUCCCGACGUGGCCCCCUCCCCGAACUUCCUCAACGCCGUGUGCCUGAGCGCUCCAACUUCGGACGUGGCAUAGAUGCCGGCUCCGAUGCGGGCAGUGACCGCGGUGGCCGCCGCAGCAACUUUGAGUCCGAUGGAAAGCCCCGUGACUUCAACAACUGGGAGCGCAAGGGGCCUCUUUCACCCUCUGCCGGUGGCCCGCCCCGCGAGGGUGGCCGAGAGCACAGCAACGACGGACCUAGUUCAAGCUUCCGUAGAAACGAGGCCGCAUGGGGUGAGGGUCGUACUCAGGAUGAGGGCUCGCGCCCUCCCCGCCCCGAGCACGUUCGCCCGGAGCCUACACCUACUGCUGCCGAUAUGGACAACCAGUGGCGCGCCAGAAUGCGCCCCGACGAAACUCCCAAGGAGCCCAUCAGCCCCGUCUCCCCCCUCUGCCACCCCUGCCAGAACCCCACUCCCACCUCAGCCAGCAGCGACUCCAAGGCCAGCCCCUUCGGUGCCGCUCGCCCUAUUGACACCGCUACCCGCGAGCGUCAGGUCGAGGAGAGACGCCAGCUUGCCAUCCGCCAAAAGCAGGAGGCUGCCGAGAAGGCCAAGGCCGAGAAGGCUGAAAAGUUCGCCGAGAAGCAAAAGCAGCUUAAGGAGUCAGCCCCUGCCGUGGACCACAACGGCAAGGAUGUCCUUGAGACCCCCAAGGGUGGUGGCAACUUCGAGAUCCUCCAACGGGCCGGUGAGGAUGGCGAGUUGACUGCUGGCAAGGAGACCGAGGAGACGGCAGCUGCCGCUCCCGUCGAAGCCAAGAAGCCGUCUGCAAACGGCUGGAGAGCUCCGGCCCCCGAGGCUGGUGCUGGCGGUGACGACGAGGGUUGGAGCACGGUCAGUGUGAACAAGCGCAACAACCGCCGUGGACAGACUGGUCGUGGAUUCGCAUAA